UCUGUUGACUUCUGCAGGAGUCAUCCUCUGGCCUCUAAGGAGGGGUCAGCUUGUUUGGAGCAAAGAAGAACUGAGAGGAGAGUUCCAGAAAUUUCCAACACGCAGGCUCAGAGGCACCUUGAACAUUUCUGAGCCCCGUGGACCACCUCAUGGAGGAUUUCAACCUCACCCCCUCCGAACCUUCAACAUUUCUCCUCAUGGGAAUUCCAGGGCUGGAAGCUGCUCACAUCUGGAUUUCCAUCCCUUUCUCAACGUUCUACAUUAUCAGCCUCUUGGGAAAUUUCAUGGUUCUGUUUGUUGUCGUCAAAGAGCAGACCCUGCAGAAGCCGAUGUACCUGCUGCUCUGCAACCUGGCGCUCACCGACAUCGGCACCUCUACCUCUGUUGUACCAAAGGCCCUGUGUAUAUUUUGGUUCAAUUUGAAAAGCAUCACGGUGGGUGGCUGCCUCACCCAGAUGUUCUUCCUUCAUGCGGUUUCCAUGAUGCACUCAGGUGUCCUCGUGACCAUGGCCUUUGAUCGCUACGUCGCCAUAUGUAACCCUCUGAGAUACGCCACCACUCUCACCAAUGCACUAAUAGCUAAGAUAGGACUAGUGGGUUUGAUAAGAGCUGUAACCUUAAUUCUGCCCAUGCCUGUGCUCCUGAGGAGGUCGUCGUUCUGUGCCAACCGCAUUAUCCCCCACACAUACUGCGACCACAUGGCUAUACUGAAGAUGUCAUGUGAGGACAUUACAGUGAACAGGACAUAUGGCUUGGUGGUAGCCUGUGUGGUAAUUGGGUUAGACCUGAUGCUCAUUGCUGUGUCCUACGGUCAGAUCCUCAGGGCCGUCCUCAGAAUCUCCUCCAGGAAAGCCCACCAGAAAGCCCUCAACACCUGCACUGCCCACCUCUUUAUCAUACUGAUGUCUUAUCCUCCCUUUCUUUUCUCCUCUCUGACACACCGGUUUGGCCAGGGCAUCGCUCCCCAUGUUCACAUCAUCUUGGCCAACCUCUAUUUUCUCCUUCCUCCCAUGCUCAACCCCAUUAUUUAUGGGGUGAAAACCAAAGAGCUCCGUGACAAAGUGGCUAAAUACCUCUGUGGAAUAUGCUGCCCUGUAGCCACUGACUUGAAACCUGAGUAACAAAAGGGGGAAAGGAGAAUUCUUUUUUAAUGAAGGGUUUUCAAUUCCAGUUUUG